AUGUUUCCAUGCGUGAUGAUGAUGUUUCAUCUCAUGUUUGCAUCUGGCGUCGAUUAUCAGUGUCCUUAUGGGGAAUGCGAAUGCUUCAGAGCACGAAUCAUGUGCGACAACCUGGGUAUGGAGGAGCUUCCUCCCUUGCUAACCACCCAGCCAACGGUCAAUACCUAUCUGUCUGCAGAUAACAAUGCGAUCAGCCAUAUCCGAGCCGGCACGAUACCAGCCGGACUGGUGGAGAUCUCGCUUGUCAACAACCCCAUAGUUUCCAUAGACGACACAGCCUUCGCUCUAUCUUCCACCACAUUGGAGAUCAUCUCCAUCACCAACGCCAGAUUUACCCGAAUCCCUGACGCUUUCAGAAAUUUAACCGCCCUGAAAUAUUUCACUCUUUCUGGGCUUCAGAUUCAGGACUGGAAUUCGGAUGUUAUGAAAGUGAUUGGAGCAACUAUAGAAAUGAUGUCCCUGGGUCCUGUUGGUCUAACCUCAUGGCCAUCGUGGUUUCAGUUCUUCACAUCUCUAACAGAGGUCACGAUCAGCGGAAAUGCUAUUGCUUCUAUUCCAGAAGAUGCUUUUGACCAGAUCUACAACCGGUUAACUAGUUUUGGCAUAAUCAACAGUAGUUUAACAGAGCUACCAAAAGCGCUAUCGAAACUCAGUGUUCUGGAAACUCUGAUUGUACAGGUCUCUGAUCUAUCGGAGCUAGCAUGGCUCCCAAGUUUUGGUAAACUGACCACGUUAAGACUUGAAGAUGCUCAUUUGUCUAGUGCCGGUAAUCUAAGCAAUGCCUUGAAAGUUGUCGCCGACUCCGUCGAUUUCGUAGGGCUGCAAGGAAAUCGCCUGACCACUAUCCCAGAAUUGUCCUUCAUGACCACCCUUAGCGCUGUUGACUUUAUGCACAAUCGGAUAUCUGAUACAUUAUCUGGAUCAUUUCCUCCUGGCGUGGAAACCGUUGAUUUAUCGUACAACCUCCUUCCAGCCAUUCCUCGUCCUAUUUACAAUCUAAAAUCACUUGCCUAUUUAACAAUUCCAUGGAAUUACGUAACUGGACUCACAGGAACCGAAAUCCCAACAUCAACAACACAAGCAGACUUUGGACACAACUUGAUUUCAGAAUUAACGGAUUCGAGUUUUCCUGAAAAUUCCAGUAUAAUAUAUCUCACGUUGAGCUAUAACCCGAUUGUGAAAAUUUCCAGCAGUGCUUUCCAAAAUCUCCUACAUUUGGGUUCGUUGCUUAUGACGAACACAAACAUAAAUCGUCUGCCGGUAUCGCUAGCUCCUCUCAAGACCCUGUACUACUUUGACAUUAGCGGGUCUCAGAAUUUAGUUUGUACUUGUGAAGAAGUGAGUCUCAGGCCUUUGUUUCUGAGAUUAGAAAGUAUGAAAGGUAACUGUGGUCAAAUCGAUAUUUAUUAUUUCUACACCAGUUUGAGCGUAGCUUGUCCUACAUGA